AUGUCAAGUAGAUUCAGCAGCCGCGCCGACGCGCGCGACGACCUCUUCUCCUCCUACAACCGCAGCGCCUCACCCUCGAAAUCAAAAAACAAAGCUCGCGCAAGCCCUUACAAUGCUGCUGGCGGCUACGGCUACACACCACCUUCCUCCGCCGACGGGCCAGGCUUUGGCGCAUAUCCUGGUGCUGGUGGGAGUAAGGCGAAUGGGAGCUUAUAUCCUGGGAGCGGAGGGAGUAGUUAUGGGGGUUAUGGUGUAGGGGGCGGAAGGGGGAGUGAUGAUGGAAGGGAUGGCAUAUAUCGGGCUGCGACACCGAAUUCAAGGGGACAGUACUCUGCGGCUGUGUUGGAUGAGUUGGAGAGUCAGAACGAUGAGCAUGUUGGUGUGCUGACUAGCAAGGUCAAGAUGUUGAAGGACUUAACCCAUCUCAUCGGCGAUGAAAUCCGCGAUUCCACUACUCUCGCUGAGAAAAUGAACGAUCAGUUUGAGAAUUCGAGACAUAAGAUCAAGGGUACCAUGAAUCGUAUGUUGAGGAUGGCGCAAAAGACAGGCGUAGGCUGGAAGGCCUGGGUUGGGUUCUUUGCCGCGGUUAUAUUACUGUUUUGGUGGGUGUGGUUAGGUUGA